UAUCGGUGAGUCUGUUUGUCGUCCAUUGGUACGAGGAUUUAUCGGUCAAUAUUGACUGCUUCGAUGCUGAUUUCGGUCCUUGUAUGCAGUGUGACAACAUGUCAAACAGCCUGGCCCUGUUUAUUUCCAUUCUCUGCUUCUCUGUAGCCCUUGGUGAAACCCUCAAAGAAGCCCUCGACUUACCUUGCUCAUAUGACUCUUACCAAAAACCAAUAUUCUCCACGAAGACUGCCUAUGAUUGGUUGAAACCAGAAGCAUCUGACUAUUUUGGUACCACACAUGGCUUGCAGAGCACUGUGCAGUAUGGGCAGAGGAACUGCAGCGCUGUGUACAUCAAUUCUGUACUCCGCCACGGGUCCCGGUACCCUGGGAGCGACGACAUUGCCACAUUGUUCAACAUCGAGCGUCUUCUUAACAAGCUCAAUUUCUCUGAUGAAUCCAACCGUUUCGCGCGGGACCUUCGCAGCUGGCAGAGCCCGUUCUCCGAAGAAGACAGCGGGUUGCUUCUGGAACUCGGGGCCCGGGAGCAUUUCGACAACGGCAUAGAUUUUGCGCGGACCUUCGGUGACCUCCUCGUGCAGAACGGUGCCUUAUUACCGAUGCAGUUCAUAAGCUCGUACAAGCAGCGGUGCCGAGAAAGCCUGAAGGCUUUCAAACGUGGGAUGAAGAGUUACCUGCAGAAGAAAAGUGACGAGAGCGACAAUGGAUACAACUAUGAUGAGCAGGUGUUUGAGAAUAUGACUCAAUACAGCAUCAACAAUCACCUGAUGCGUUUCUUUGACAAAUGCACCAAAUACAGAAGACUGAUGAAGAAUCAGACAUUCAUGAGUGAAUACUACGAGUUUUACAACAGCAAUCACAUGACCAAGGUAGUUGAUAGCGUACACAAGAGAUUCGGACUCAACGACACUUUCUUCGAGACAGAAGAUGUACGUGUCAUGCAUGUUGCAUGUGCCAUUGAACAGUGCUUUACCAAUGUUUCAAACUGGUGCCAACUUUUUGAUGAGGACGACUUCAAGGUUCUUGAAUAUCUCGGAGAUCUGAAGCAAUACUGGAAGUGUGCCUAUGGCAACCAGAUCAGUUAUAAACAGAGCUGCCCUCUUGCCAAAAGCAUCAUUGAGGAUCUCCAGAAUUCCGUCAAUGCCCACGUUGUAGGGGAAAGGUACACAGUGGCCAAAUUUAUGUUUGGACAUGCUGAGACAAUGGCUCCACUCUAUUCUGCCCUGGGGCUCUUCAAUGACUCCGAUUUCCUCCAGUCAGAGAACUACAAGCAGGUUGUUGACCGCAAGUUCCGUACCAGCUUCAUCUUGCCAUUCGGUGCAAACAUAGUCGUCGUUGCAUACCACUGCAGCACGCAGCAGACAUCCAAUGCAGCAGGAAACGAGCAGAUGACUGAGGCAGCGGGCAAUCGACCGACAUCAGAAGCAGUGGAGACUCAACGGACAACUGAAGCAACGAACAUUGAGCAUGAUGAUGAUGGGCAGUCGGAAGACAAAAGGCUCCACAAUGGGGACUAUGUGGUGCAGAUCUACGUCAAUAAACACCCAGUGGCUGUACCUGAAUGCGGAGUGAUCUGCCCCUUGGAGAAGUUCAUGUCAAGAUACGGGAGCUUCAUAAACUGUGACUACGAGGAGAUUUGUUCACUGGAUUCUUCGAAAGUUGAGCUUUAAAUCUGUUGCUGCUAUUGUUAUUAUUUACCAGCAACAGAUUUCAAGUACCAGUCAUAUACUGGGGAAUGGGUUAGCUUUAAUAUUCCUAUGUUAAAUCAUCAUCAUCAUCAUCAAUAUCAUUGUCACCACCACCAUUGAUACCAUCAUCAUCAUCACCAUCUUUCGGGGAGCGUCUUGAGGUAUGGGUACCAUAGGCAGUUGCCCCAGGGCCCCAUGGGUCUAGGGGGCUCUAAUUGUGAACCAGGCGCACUAUCACUUACUGUUAGUAUAUAAAUAUGAUAGGACCCGGUGCAUCGAUUUGCCCAGGGGUCUACAAUGCUGCUGAGGUGACUCUGUCAUCAUGAUCAUCAUCACCAUUAUCAUUGUUGUCCACUGCCAUCAUCGUCAUCACCAUCAUCAUCAUCACAAUCAUCACCACCACCACCAUGAUGUUGAUAAUAUAAUAAUAAUAAUAUUAAUAAUAAUAAUAAUAAUAAUGAUGAUGAUAAUCCUUUCUAGUGUAGGCACAAGGCCUGAAAUUUUAGGGGAAAGGGAACUAGUUAAUUACAUAUACCUCACUGUAUAACUGGUACUUAUUUCAGUGACCCUGUAAGGAUAAAAGACGAAGUUGAUCUUGGUGGAAUUUGAACUUUUGUCCAGCUUGUUCGCAAUUCUGCUGUCUUGACAUCUUCCCAGUAAUACUAAUAAUAUACUAUAGGCAAUAAUAAUAUACUAUAUAUAUGUUACUGUAGGCACAAGGACUGGAAUUUGAGGGGAAGGGGAACUAGUCAAUCAUAUCAACUCCAGUGGUUCACUGGUACUUAAUUUAUCGACCCCCGAAAGGAUGAAAAGCAAAGUUGACCUUGGUGGAAUUUGAACUCAGAGCGUAGCAACAGGUGAAAUGCUGCUGAGCAUUUUGUCCGGCGUGCUAACGAUUCUGCCAGCUCACCACCAUAAUAAUAAUAAUAAUAAUAAUAAUAAUAAUAAUAAUGAUGAUGAUAAUAAUAGAGACCAAUUAAAAGAAGAGUGCCAUUGUUAUCUAGUGAAUGAUAUUUCGACAUCUUGUGUGUCUUCAACAGGUUCAAAAAACAAUUUUGUCAAUCUAUUUCAUUAUGGUUAAUAUAUAUAGGCGCAGGAGUGGCUGUGUAGUAAGUAGCUUGGUUACCAACCACAUGGUUCCGGGUUCAGUCCCACUGCGUGGCACCUUGGGUAAGUUUCAUCUACUGUAGCCUCGGGCCGACCAAAGCCUUGUGAGUGGAUUUGGUAGACGGAAACUGAAAGAAGCCCGUCGUAUAUAUAUAUGUGUGUGUCUGUGUUUGUCCCCCCACCAUUGCUUGACAACCGAUGUUGGUGUGUUUACGUCCCUGUAACGUAGCGGUUUGGUGUCGUGUAAAUGGCACCUGUGCCGGUGGCAUGUAAAAAGAAUCCAUUACACUCUCGUAGUGGUUGUUAUCAGGAAGAGCAUCCAGCCAUAGAAACCAUACCAAAUUCAGACUGGAACCAGGGGCAGUAUUCCUGCUUACCAGUUACAGUCAAACCGUCCAACCCAUGCCAGCAUGGAAAGCAGAUGUUAAAUGCUGAUGAAGAAACCUUAUGUUCUGUAUUCAAUGCUUACUGAGGUCAACUUUACUUUUCGUUGUUCUGGGGUCAGUAAAAUAAAUUGCCAGUCAAAUAAUGGGAUUCCUGGCUUCAAUUAUAAAUCUCUUUCUCCAAUGCUUAUAAUCAAAAUUAUAUACAAAACAGGUUGGUAUAAUCAUCUUAAUUUUCUUAUAUGCAAAAAGAAUAACCAGAUGUGUUUACAUCUGUUUUAAUUUCCAUAGAAAAUUU